UCAUGCCCCAAACAUGUUAUUAUUUUUAACAUAGGCCUCUGUAUGGCCUUCAAUUUAAGCUGCUUACGCUUCGCCACUCUGCCAUGGGCCCCUGUACCGCCUCCUCUUGCUGCUGCCAGGUCCAGAGCCUCUGUAUGGCCUUCAAUUUUAGCUGCUUACGCUCCACCACUCUGCCAUGGGCCCCUGUACCGCCUCCUCAUGCUGCUGCCAGGCCCGUAAUCUGCCAUGGGCCCCCGUACCGACUCCCUCAUGCUGCUGCCAGGCCCGUAAUCUGUCAUGGGUCCCUGUACGGCCUCCCAUUGCUGCUG